GCUAAGAUCUUCUAAGGCCGUAGCCCGUGAUCACUGAUAGAUCAAUUGAUACGUAGAAACUAGACAUUAAAAUAUUAUAAUGGGAAAAAACUGUUCUGCGAUCUGUUAUCAUAAUCUGUAUAUUUAGGUCUGUACUCUGUAAUCAAUUUUAAUUAAUUAAUGAAAUUUUUUACAAGCAAAUAGCAUUUUUACAUAUUUUUAAAAUGAAUACAAAAAUUAUCAACAUUUUAAAGCUAUCAAACAAAAUUAAACAGCCAUCAAAUGUGCGUACAGCUACUACUUCGUCUACUGGAGCUUUAUUACCUGAACCACAAAAAAUUCCGUUUGGUCUAUUAGGAAUUAUUUUUACUGUUGUCCCUGGAUUAUUAAUUGGUGCUACAAUUAGCAAGUACAUGGCCAAUUUUCUAGAGGAAAAUGAAUUAUUUGUACCUUCAGAUGAUGAUGACGAUGAAGAUUAAAGAUAAUAUCAAACAAAAAAUAAAAAACUAAAUAGUUAAUCUACGAUGUUAUUCAUUGCUUAAGAUGUUACAUUAUUUCAUAUUCUCUGUAUUUUAAUUUUAUUUUAAUGGAUUUUAUGGAUAGUUAGUUUGUGAUAAUAGUAUAAUUUCUAUUUUUUUUAAAUUAUGUAAUUAGUUAUUCAGUAGUUAGUAUCUAGAAUAAUUUAAUUUUUAAUGUCUGUGAAAAUUAGGUGUGGGACAUCAACAUUUGAAUUUUUACAAAAAAACACUAUUCUAGUCAUACAAACGUCUUUUAAUUGCUCAUUUUAAAUUGAUUUCUUACAUAUGUAUCAAAAUUUAAUUAUAUAUGCUAAAUACGUUAAUGAAAAUCAAAACUAAAAAAUAAAAUUGUAAAAUUUUAUCAAAUUAUUCCUUUCAAUAUUGUUUUGAAACAAGUUUUAGUAUUGUAUUCAGUUAAGUCACUAUUUAUUAUAUUAUUAAAUACUCCAUUAUUAACGAGACUCAAAAACGGUAUUAUCUAUAAAAAUAAAAAUAAAUGCAAUUUUUUAUGUCCUACUUCUAAUACGUAAAUGUAUUAAUAUAUUAUAUUUAAAUCCUAGUAUAAUUUUUAAUUUUGUAUAAUAAUAAUAUUACAAAUAAAAUAAUGUGUUGCUUCAGUAAUAUUACAAAUGAUCAAUCAUAUAUACAUUUUAUUACAUAAAUGUGUACACACUGAUUGUAUGAUAUAAAAAUUGACUUAUAAUUUUAACAAAUAGAUCCAAAUACAAAUUCAGAUGCAUUUUUUGGAUAACCGACUUCAGUUCUAUUAUUAAAUCUGUUGUAUUUCCAAUACUGAUUUCCUUUAAAGAAAUAUAUUUCUCCUGAAAAUUUUUUAAAAAAUAUAUUUAAGCAUAAUAUAUAUUAGGACUACACAUAUUUGUAAAAAUGUAACAUGGAUAGCUAAAUAUAACUCUAUAUUUAUAAAGCUAUAAUUCUUUGGUGAGUGGUCAUAAUCAGAUAGAUAUACUUAAGCAAAAAAGAAAUGGCAAAUACUUUGAUUCAGUAAAAAACAGCCUGAUUUCAAACACAUAAAAUAUAAUUUUUUCUAAAAUUGGACUUCACUGGUUAUGGUUGCUCGCUGAAGAAUUAUACUACUAUGUGAUUAAGUUAAAGAUUCAAUAUGUCCUUUGAUAAAUUAGUAGUACGUACCUGACUUCCAUGUGAGAACAUCAUCUAUUGGCGUUUUUACUCCUCUGAAAUGUUCUUUAAUAUAUCUGUGUAUUUGUAACAAC